AUGAGGGUCAAAAGCGUUAUCGUUCUACUGGCUCUGUGUUGCUACCCAUGGGACGCCACCAACGCUACAGGUCCAGUUUAUUCCACUGUUUGCAGGCGAACAGGCGGCUCAAUAACUUGUUAUCAGGACAACACUUGGAGCUACAACGAGCGUACUCGUAAAUGCUAUCGUGUUCAACAGAAUAAGGAGCCAUGCGGCUUUUUCGAUGGCGAAAAGGGUUGCAAGGACUUCUGCUACAGGCCCAAUAAGUAAAUCAGAACUAGCAUUCCCAAAAUAUUGUACAUAUUUAUUUUAAUUUGUACAAAUAAAUCUGCUAGCUUUUGUUGAUAU